AUGUAUUUCGGGCUGCUCCAUUGGGUCAGGACACCGAGUAUGCCACGAAGAGCAUACCCUUGCGGCAAGUGUCAGAAGAUCUACGCGAACGCAUCUUCCCUGUACCGGCACUUGAAGCUCGAGUGCGGCAUUCUCCCGCAGUUUCACUGUCCUUACUGUCGCUUCAGCUCAAAGAGGAAAUUCAAUUUGGACUCCCACGUGGCGCACAAGCAUCGAAAAUUGUUACAGUGGUAUCCUACCUCGCAGGUCGAGGACACGUCGAAGAAAUUGUAUCCAUGCGCGCGAUGCGAUCGCAAAUACAAGCAUAAAAGUAGCCUGAAACGACACAUUCUGUACGAAUGUGGCAAGGAAAAGCAAUUCGUUUGUCCCAUUUGCAGUAAAAGGCUCACCCUGAGCGGCAUCCAGAAACACAAGAACGUUCAUUGA